CAAAGUGGAAGAAGCUGGAAUGAAGGGACAGCUGGGAUUUUUAGAUUGGUCCAGUGGGGAUGGGAGCUCUGGAAGGAACGACAUGCAGGCUACCAUGAAAAAAAAUAUUCCUAAGGGGUGGGGCCUUCAACACCAAUAAUAAAAACAGUCAUCUUUGGGCUGUUUGGGAAGAUGACCCCAAAGUCCCAGGGUCAGGACGAUCUGAGUUAAAGACUCUGAAACUGAGUGUAAGCUUCUUACACUCAGCGCCUGCAGGGCGGGGUAUCCCCAAGGGAGCACUGUGGACACACAAACUGACCAGAGGAUUCAAAGUCCUGUUUUAACCGCCGGUGGUGGCCCAUGCCUGGCAUCCCAGCGCAAAAGAUGUGGAGACAGGAGGAUCAGAAGUUCAAGGUCAUCCUCUGCCACAUAGGGGUAGCCUGAACUAAACGAGGCUAGUCUGGGCUGUAUGAGACUCUGUCUCAAAGGAAGAAAGGAAACAAAACAAAAAAGAAACAGCUACUUUUCUCCUCUCAGCCCGAGGCUGCCAUGGGACCAAAGCCAUGAAUGGUGCCACCCCCGGCUCGGCCCCCGCCCCCGCCCCAGUCCCCGACUGGCGGCAGUUCUGUGAGCUGCACGCUCAGGUGGCUGCUGUGGACUUCGCUCACAAAUUCUGCCGCUUCCUUCGGGACAACCCGACCUACGACACACCCGACGCCGGGACCUCAUUCUCCCGCCACUUCGCAGCCAAUUUCUUGGCUGUCUUCAGCGAGGAGGUGCGUCGCGUGCUGGGGACAGCAGCGGACACCAUGGAGCCCGAGCCUGCCGUGACCUCCGUGACCUCGGCGCUCAAAGCUGCCGCCUACGGCCACUCCCGCAGCUCCGAGGACGUGUCUGCCCACGCGGCCACCAAGGCUCGUGUCCGCAAGGGCUUCUCUCUUCGUAACAUGAGCCUGUGCGUGGUGGACGGAGUGCGCGACCUGUGGCACCGGCGGGCGUCCCCAGAGCCAGACGCUGGGGCCACUCUCAAGGCCACCGAGCCCGCGUCGGAGCCUCGGGACAAGUGGACGCGACGCCUGCGGCUAGCGAGGACCCUGGCGGCCAAGGUGGAGUUAGUGGACAUCCAGCGUGAGGGCGCGCUGCGCUUCAUGGUGGCAGACGACUCAGCCUCGGGCCCUGGAGGCGCCGCGCAGUGGCAGAAGUGCCGCCUGCUGCUUCGGAGGGCUGUGGCCGGGGAGCGGUUCCGCCUGGAGUUCUUCGUGCCGCCCAAGGCUUCCAGACCCAAGGUCAGCAUCCCCCUGUCGGCCAUCAUCGAGGUGCGAACCACCAUGCCCCUGGAGAUGCCUGAGAAGGACAACACAUUUGUGCUCAAGGUGGAGAAUGGAGCGGAGUACAUUUUGGAGACGAUAGACUCGCUACAGAAGCACUCGUGGGUGGCUGACAUCCAGGGCUGUGUGGAUCCAGGGGACAGUGAGGAAGACACAGGGCUGUCCUGUGCUCGGGGAAGCUGUCUGAGCAGCCGUGUGACCUCCUGUAGCUGUGAGCUCCUGACAGACGACAUGUCCCAGCCCCCAGAGACAGCCACAGCGGUGGGCGCAGUGGUGACGGCCCCGCACAGCCGAGUUCGAGACCCUGUGGGAGAGUCACUGGCCCAUGUGCCCCUGGAGACUUUCCUUCAAACCCUGGAGUCUUCAGGUGGUGGUGUCAGUGACAGCAAUAAUACAGGGGACGAAGGAGCUGAGCUGGACGCCAGUGCUGAGGCUGAGCUGGAACUCUCCGACUACCCCUGGUUCCAUGGGACAUUGUCCCGUGUGAAGGCCGCUCAGCUGGUCCUGGCUGGUGGGCCCCGGAGUCACGGCCUCUUUGUGAUCCGGCAAAGCGAGACUCGGCCUGGGGAGUGUGUGCUGACCUUUAACUUCCAGGGCAAGGCCAAGCACCUUCGCCUGUCUCUGAACGGUCACGGCCAGUGCCAUGUCCAGCAUCUGUGGUUCCAGUCUGUGUUUGAUAUGCUUCGACACUUCCACACCCACCCCAUACCCUUGGAGUCGGGAGGCUCUGCUGACAUCACCCUAAGAAGCUAUGUGCGUGCCCAAGGUCCCCCUCCCGACCCAGGACCAGUGCCCAGCUCUGCGGCUCCAGGCCCCUCCUGCUGGACGGAGCCAGCUGGCCACUACUUCUCCAGCCUGGCCACAGCCACCUGCCCACCCACCUCACCCUCCAAUGGUGCUGGAGCAUCGUCGUCAUCCGGCUCAUCAUCUUCAGCCACGUCCAUACCCCCGCGCCUGGCCGAGGGGCCACUAAGUGUGCGCAGCCGCAGCAACAGCGCGGAGCACCUCCUGGAGGCUGCAUCUUCAGGAGCCGCCGAGGAAGCCACUGAGGCCACGCUGGGCCGCACUCGAGCUGUGGAGAACCAGUACUCCUUUUAUUAGCUGCCUCGCCUAUUCCCCACGGGUGCCAUGCACAUCCCAGCAGGCCAACACCUGUGAUUUGUCCUGCCCACCAACAGUCAGGCUAGCCCAUGAUGGUCAGCAACACCUAAGAAUGGCUGGACACACCUACUCAUGGUCUAUCAUGCCCAAAACAGCUGGCCAGCUAGCCACUUCAGACCCCAGGGGCCCACUGUAACCAUCUAUGGCAGGCCAAGGCUAUAUCCAUGGUCAAACCCAUGAUGGCCCUCCAAUGAUUUCAAGCCCCACCCACUGGUGGUUGGCCACGCCCAGCAGCAGCUAUUUCUGUGAGGUCCGACGAAUCCAUGGCAGGCAGCUCACUGACAGCUAACCACAUUUGGUGACUUCAGGCCGUGCCCACUGGUAGUCGGUUACCCCCACAGCGGCAUGGUCGACCCACUGGGUGCCUUCUUUGCCCAAGGGCAGCAAGCCACGCCUAUUCAUGGUCUAUGAAGCCCAUGAAGGCCUACCCAUUGAUUCCUAACAACCUCAGGCCCUGCCCACCACAUACUCCAGUAGCCUGACCAGGCUGUGAUCAGGUUGGUCACUCUCAUCAAGCGGACCUGCCAGCGGUCCGCCCAGCCCGGGACAGCCUGCCACACCCACCAGCCUCAGCCCAAUGCUGGGUGGGGGAAGGGAAGCCAAGCUCUUCAGUGAAGACAAACAUUAUUAAAGAGCCUGUUUUAGGG